AAAGAAAACAUGUGCAACUCUUUUGGUUUCCUUAAGCGAAGUCAACUCAGAAGUAAUUCUUCUGAAACGUCGCCUCGUUUUGCAGCCUCAAUGAGAUCAUGAUACGGCGUAAUCGUCAUAGACUACGUCAGAAUAUCUGGUCGAGACAACAUGGCGGAAUUUCUUGCGAGACUUCACUUUUAUCUUUAAAUACAAAGGAACAGAGAAGUUUUUCCAAUACAAGAGAUCAUGCUAUUUUCCGUGCUCUGCAAACUUCAAACGCCAUUCUUCAAAUCUGUGGUCCUUCCGCUUCCGGUCUUCAGCGUACCUUGUUUACUCAUCCAUUGCUUAAGAGAACAGUCUGGACAUUGUAAUUCAAAAAAGUUUCUCUCGGUCAGAACAAUGUCUUCUAAACCAGGAGAACAAUUCGAAGUGCGUCAAACUUCCGGCACAGCGGACUGGAAGCCCGACCCAUCAAAGUCUCUGCCGUUGGAUCUGGCUCGACAGAGGCUUUUAGACGAUAUUAUAGCCCUUUACAGCUGCCAGCCAACCAUCGAGCGCGUCAAAAGAUAUACUCCUGACUGCGUAUAUGAUGAUCAAUUUGUGUAUGCCAAUGACCGAUACAAGAUGGCCGGACAGUGGUUCGCCCUGCCGAAGCUUUUCAAUGAGAGCAAAAACGAAGGUUACGAGGUUGUUAAGAAUGAGCGGGAUCUCAUUCAGUUUAAGAAUGAACAGUCGUGGACGUUUAGACUAAUCCCAAAAACUGCCACCAUCAACGCCCUUGUAUCGCUCUCUCUUGACCCUGCCACCGUAGAUUCGGAGUUCAUCCAGGUUAAAUAUCAUAAAGAUCAGGCCAAUGACAAGGAUUAUUCGCACGAAGGUCUGGGUUUCAGUUUCAAGAAAUGGCAAGCUGACCAGGUAGCAAAGCACAUGGACAGCAAAGAAGUUGAGGUAUUUGCGGCCGACAAGGGUGCUGCGAAGGAGCCGGUUAAAAAAUAUGGUACCGGAGCUGCUGAGGAACAUGCUCCUGAAAAGAAUUUUUGAGUUCGAUCAUUUUCCCAAGGC